GUUGGGGACCGCUGCUCUAGGGCAACUAAACACUUGGUGCAGGAAUCUAUGAAGAGUGUCAUGAUAAACAUCAAAAAGCUUGAUAAGGAGAUUUAUAUAAAGUUAGCUAAUGGAGAGUCUGACUGUAAAGAAAAAAGGAACCUUGAAACUGAGUUUUCAAGGUGAAAACAUCAUGCUAGAAGCAUUAGUUGUUCCAAGAUUGAGUCAAAAUUUACUAUUAGUAAGAAAAAUUAUAUUGAAGAAUAAGUGUAUGAUAUUUACACCUAACUGGAUUAGUAUUGUCAGAAAAGGCUUCAAAGUAAACUGCAUCUCUCAUAAUAAGCUCUUUACAAUAGUAGCUCAGAUAAGAGAUGACAAGAGAUGUUCAAGUAUGUUGGCAAGCAGUGACAAUAUAUGAUGCAGAAGAUUUGGUCACCUAAAUAGACAUGGAUUGAAGUUACUUAACCUGCCAUUUGACAAUAAUAUAUGUGAAGUGUGCAUAGAAGGAAAGGCUGCCAGACUUCCAUUUAUGAAGGAGACUACGUCUAGAUGUAAGCAAUUGGGAGAGCUGUUACACAUCAAUAUUAGUGGACCUGUAAUUUCAUGCAAUAUAAAUGAAAGAUAAUUCCAAUGUAUUAUUGAUGAUUACUUGCACUUCACACACAAAAUUAUAUCCAUUGAAAAGUAAAAGUGAAGCACUACAGAAUCUAAUAAACUGUCAAACAAUUCAAAGUGCAAUUUAAUCUGGGUGUUAGCAGGAUCAUGUGUGAUGAUGGAAGAGAAUUCAUUUCAAAUGAACUGAAAACCUUUUUAUUGUUUAUUCUGAAACUGGGCAUCUUAAAAAAUCUUGUGGCAAAUGCAGCCCUUCACAUCUGUACCCUUAAUGGUUGUAAAAUACAAGCAAUUACCCCCGGGUGUACGAGUCAUCACUUCCUGAAAUAAAUUCGAACUCACCCCACAAAGACCGUCAACCACCAGUUGUCUUUGUUAGCCGCGUCGUCGAGACGUGUAGUACCAAGUACACGAGAAGGAUAAUAAAAGUUUUGUUUUUGUUACGAUCUCAUCUCGUUUGUUUCUUCCACUCGCAGCGACGAAAGAUAAAGGCAACAACAACGCAAAAAACCACAUUGGUGAGCCGGACUAAGAACAUAAUUCGACUAAGAACUACCAUUGGAACCUUCAUCAGGUACUGUACACCGUUUUCCUUUUCUCAAGACCUCAGUCGUCAGAUCAUGGCCGAGAUUGGAGCUGUAAAAAUCCCUCCAUACAACUUUUCCGACCCAGCCUUAUGGUUCCACAUGUGCGAAAGCACAUUUGUGCUAGGAUCGCCAAAGCCGAUCACGGAAAGUGCCACAAAGUUCAACUACGUAGUGGCCCAUUUACCACCGGAAGUCGCAUCAACGGUUAGAGACAUUAUUAUUUCUCCGGACUGUACAGACCCAUACGGUCACAUAAAGGUGGAACUUAUUAAACAAUCCGGCGAAUUGUUUCAACAGGAGUUACGAAAACUAUUGGCCGAAGAACAGCUAGGAGAUCGCAAACCCUCCGAACUACUACGUGUUCUAAAGCGUUGGGCGGAAAAUUUUCAAAUCCCGGAUGCAGUUAUACUAGAAUUAUUCAUACAACACCUUUUGACUUCCGUCCAAUCUAUCCUAGCCGCCAUUACCCCACUCGAUGUAGACAAAGCAGCGGAGAUAGUGGACUGUGUGGUGGAAGUAUCCCCCGCAAUGAUAGCUUCAGUAUUGCAACCUGAGAAACCCGAUACCGUAACCAACAAAAUACUAGUUGAAAUAGAUAAACUUAACAAGCGAAUCAAUCAACUAAUGCAGGCAUGUCGGGAUUGCAGUAACCAUUUUUCUUGACACUCCCGCAGCAGUUCAGGACAUUGGAACAAUUCGACUCACCGCAGUAUCAACAACUACUGCUGGUACCACAACCGUUUUGGCGGAAAGGCACAAAAAUGUAUUCCUCCGUAUAGUUUUCCAACAAACGAGAACGGCGUAGCGUAGAGACGACAUUCGCUUUGCCGGAACAAUCUUGUUGCCUGUUCAUCCUAGACAAGAGAACGAACAUAAACUUUCUCGUUGACACAGGUUCCAAUAUUACGUAUCACGUAUCAAUAUUUCCAGCCUCCUCAUCUCAAAAGAAGCGCGCAUCUCAAAUGACCUUGAUGGCAGCAAACACAACUGCAAUUUAUGUCUAUGACCAACGAACACUGACACUCAAUUUUGGGUUAAAGAAAAUUUUUUGCUGGAAAUUCCUUAUUUGCAACAUGUCAACAGCAAUAAUAGGUGCAGAUUUCUUGUAUCAUUUCCAUUUGGUACUGAAUCUUAGACGCAAAUGUCUCACAGACGUUCAGACAAAGGUGAACUCUCCAGGCAAAUUAUUAGAAACCUUCAUCCACUCUAUUAAGAUAACGACCGACGACUCCAUAUAUCAUAAGAUAUUGGAAGAAUUUCCUGAGAUCACCAGACCUCCACGUCCUAAUCAACCCAUAAAACACAACGUAGUACAUCAUAUAGAAACGAUUGGUCCGCCCAUAACUGCGAAACCACGUCGCCUAGCUCCCGAUAGACUUAAAAUCGCUAAGGCCGAAUUCAAUAAGAUGAUAGCUCUUGGCCAUAUGUGAACAUCAAAAAGCAAUUACGCAUCACCAAUCCAUAUGGUCACCAAGAAAAACAGUUCGGAUUGGCGACCCGUGGGAGAUUAUCGUGCUCUAAACGCACAAACCAUAAAGGACAGAUACAGCGUUCCAAACAUUGCAGAUUUCACAUCGGAACUGCACGGAACACAAAUCUUCUCUCACAUACACUUAAUCAAGGCCUAUCAUCAGAUAUUCAUCUACCCACCGCACGUGCACAAAACAGCUAUAACGACACCGUUUGGUCUUUUCGAGAGUACCAGGAUGCAAUUCGGAUUGUGCAACGCAUCCACAACAUUUCAACGGUUCAUCGAUGAAGUAACCAGAGGACUCUCCUUCGCAUAUGCUUUCGUCGAUGACAUAUUAAUAGCGUCACACUCCCAGGAAGAACACAUCUCGCAUCUUCGCGCCUUAUUCCAAUGUCUCUAGGAAUAUGGGUUGACCAUAAAUCCAUCAAAAUGUACCUUUGGUGUACCAUCAAUCGAAUUUCUCGGAUUCAAGGUCUCGGAAAAGGGUCUGGAACCACUCCCUGAUAGUCAGAGCCAUCCGAGAAUUUCCCAAACCUUUGUCUCUCACUCAACUUAGACGAUUCUUAGGUACAAUAAAUUUCUACAGGAGAUGCAUCCCUCGAGCGGCACACAUCCUCACCCCGCUAGUGCAACUACUAGAAGGAAAAAAGAAUGAGAAACGUACGUCACUCACUCGGAAAACAGAAUCACAAUCUCUGCAAUGGUCAGAAUCGGCAGAACAAUCCUUUAUAUUGGCUAAGGAAGCACUGGCCAAAGCCACACUUCUCCAGCAUCCAAUACCCGGAGCUAAACUAUGCAUAUGGGUAGAUGCGUCAGAUGCAGCAGUUGGAGGAGCACUGAUGCAAUACAACAGGAAAUGGGAACCCAUUGCUUUUAUCUCAGCAAAAUUGGCACCAAACCAACGCAACUGGUCAGCUUAUAAUAGAGAACUAUUGGCAAUAUACGCAUCAAUAAAACGAUUUCGCCACAUGUUAGAAGGCCGUGAAUUCGCGAUCUACAUGGAUCAAAAACCGCUUAUAUACGCCUUCAAACAAAAACCAGAUAAAUGUUCACC